AUAAAUAAAAUCUUUAAAAAAAAAAAAAAAAGAAACCAGGUUUCCUUAUUCCCAGUCUGGCACAUUCUGCUUGGUGACACACUGCCACCUGUGUGCUUGUUUUAUUUAAGAGUUCUGGGGGUAGACUGGGUGACUCAUUUGAGUGUCCAACUCUUGGUUUUGGCUCAGAUCGUGAGGCAAGGGUCGUGGGCUCAAGGCCUGCAUUGAGCUCUGCGCUCAGUAGGGUUUCUGCUUGGGAUUCUCUCCCUCCUCUUAUGCUCUCGUUCUUUCUCUCUCUCUCUCACUCUAAAAUAAGUCUUAGAUUUAAGAAAACAGACUUAGAGUUCUGGGAAGGGCAGAUUUACAGAAAUUUUCUUCCACAUAUGAGGAGACACUUAGCCACUAAUUUACACACAGAUAACACACAUAAGCCUGCCCAACCCACUUCUAUAACUUCUCCAAAGUCUUGGAAGAAGUUAUUUGAGAACUUUAUAUAAGUUCAGUAAUGAAAGGGUUUUGUUGCAGUAUCAAUUGGUCUUAGGUCCUUAGGAUUCAGCUGAAUAUGUAUGAACACAUACAAUGUUUCUUUUACUAUACACAGUAAUAGGUACCUAGCACAAUUAAAGACAGUGUCGCAGAUAUAUCAUUAAAAACAGGAAGGCUAACUAAUCCAUUGUUAGAGCUUUCAGAUGAGCAACUUGGUUUGGUAGAAAAAGGCCAUCCUUACAGACGUAUGGCACAUAAAUUAUCUCCAGCUUUAAUGCUCUCAUUCUGUCUUCUAAUCCAGAGAUUGCAAAAAAGGGGCACUAACUGUCGGUGUAGGUAUUUUUGUGAGAAUUGGGAAAAGGCACCUCCUACCCUCCACCCCUUGCCCCAACGCACAACCAAGCUUUUUCCUUAAAAGAAAGUCCAAAUUUCACCACUGCCCCUCUCCCACAUCUUGGCCAGGUGCCCUGUUCAGGGUACAACCAAAUAGGAAUACAGUUCAGCCCACACAGUACAAAAAAAAUAAUUGUUCACAUUUAAAAAUUGGGGAAUUUCACAUAAAAUUUGGAGUUUUGGUUUCCCCCGAAUAAUAAGCUGACAGUACUGGAGUUGAAUUCCCACAAGGUGACUGUUGGAUGGAACCUAAUGUGAAUGGUCCCCUUAUGUUUACUAAUGUACAUGGUUAAAAAAAAAAUUGUAAAAGUCUCCUUUCCAACCCGUACCUCCCUAGUUCACAUCUCCAGAUGCAGUUGUUGUUAGUCCCUAUCUUUCCUGUAACGUGGAGGAAUUUUGGUUUAGAAUCUGGAAACUGUUACUUUUCAGAAACACACAGUUGUAAUAUCCAAAUCAACCAGUUAGGAAUGUAGCAUUACAACAUGAUUCAACCUUUCCUCUUUAAUACUUUGCUCUAAGAUAAGGGGCCCUUUGUAUUCUUGCGUAGAUAGAUAGAUAGAUGGCUUCACAACUGUAGUCACUUUUUCUUAAAGGACAUUUGAUAUAAGAGAGAUGACCUCUUCAUUUUAUGUUCUGAACAGCAUCCUGUGGACUUUUUAAAUAAUGCAACAUUACUGCUGGGGAAAACCAUUAUUUGAUUCUACUGUGAAGCAAGAACAAUUCAGUCUUCACGGCAGCUCAGACCUCAGCUCCAACAUCUGCAUUCUGAAGCAAGGAUGGCUGAGAUGGACCGAAUGCUUCAUUCUGGAAGGAAACUAUGUCCCAGGUCGAGAUGAAUCUGCCAAAACAGACCCUCUUGUGGUUUUAGAAGAAAUCUUGACAAGUCUUAUCAUGUGGUUUUUCUACGCCUUGAUUCCUUGUUUACUCAUAGGUGGAGUGGCCGUCCUGCCUGCCCCUCAGAACCUCUCUGUACAGUCGACCAACAUGAAGCAUCUCUUGAUGUGGAGCCCAGUAAUUGUGCCUGAAGAAAUAACAUACUAUUUUGUCGAGUACCAGGGAGAAUAUGAGAGCCUGUACAUGAGCCACAUCUGGAUCCCCAGCAGCUGGUGCUCACCCACCGAAGGUCCUGAGUGUGACAUCACUGAUGACGUCACUGCCACUGUGCCAUACAACCUCCGUGUCAGGGCCACCGUGGGCGCACAGACCUCAGCCUGGAGCACCCUGCAGCAUCCCUUUAACCGAAACUCAACCAUCCUCACACCACCUGUGAUGGAGGUCACCAAGGACGGCUUCCACCUGAUUAUUAAACUGGAAGACCUGGGGCCGCAGUUUGAGUUCCUCGUGGCUUACUGGAGGAGGGAGCCUGGUGCCAAGGAACAUGUCAAAGUGGUGAAGAGCAGGGGCAUUCCUGUGCACCUGGGAACCAUGGAACCAGGGGCUGCAUACUGUGUGAAGGUCCGGACGUUCGUGAAGGCCAUUGGGAGGCACAGCCCUUUCAGCCAGGCAGAGUGUGUCAAGGUGCAAGGAGAGACCCUCCCGCUGGCGCUGGCCCUGUUUGCGUUUGUUGGCUUCAUGCUGAUCCUUGUGGUCGUGCCCGUUUCCGUCUGGAAAAUGGGCCGGCUGCUCCGGUACUCCUGUUGCCCCGUGGUGGUGCUCCCCGACACCUUGAAAAUAACCAAUUCACCCCAGAAGUUAAUCAGCUGCAGAAGGGAAGAGGUGGAAGCCUGUGCCACAGCCGUGCUGUCUUCUGAGGAACCCUUCAAGGCCUGGAUCUAGCAGGCUUGGGGAGGGCCCAGUUGAAACUGAGAAUCUGGUUGGCACAGCCAUGAGGGGAAAGGCCCUAUAUCUGUAUUCCUCCACGGACAAAGGACAAGAAAAGCAAGAAGAGCCUGCUGUGCCCAUGUCUAGAAGCAACUGUCAGAGGCAGACUGGUUUGACAGACAGAACACUCAGUGGGGGUCAGGAGAUGUGACCUCUAGAACUGGGUCAUCUGUCAUUCACUGACUGAAUGACCCUGGAGAAAGUGGCUUGGUUUCUCUGGUCCUCAGUUUUCUCAUCUAUAAAAUGGGGGAAUUAACCAUACGACCGUUAAACCACUAUGUAUAUCUGGCACUUGGAGAGCUUUGGGAACCUGGCAGCAGUGCACAUUGUGAUGGGUUCAACUUUUCUGUGGAGCAGUAUAUAAAUUUUAACAAGAAUGAUAAAAAACUUUUUACACCAGUUGGCUUGGAGAUCCCACUUUUCUAGAGGAAACCUUGAUGAGGAAGGGAAGGAUGGGUACAGCGAUGAUUUCCCUUCAAGCCAAAUGCUUGUGCAGAGGCUAAUGGCUCAGCCAGCUCUACAAUACAUGACCUAGAAGGAGGCCACAGGCCCGUGGAAAAUGGGACAUGCUGUGCAUACAUGAGAUAUUGUGAAGGGUAAAAAACACAUGCACACUGAAGGCAGCAGGUAGAAUGCAUGUGUAUGAGGAGAGGAGAAUGCAGAAGGAUGUUGAUCAUAAACGUGGUGUUUUCUUUGUUCCUUUCACCUGUACAGUUGUUAAAGUAUAGAAUUAAAAAUAAAAAGGGGUCACCUUGGGUAAUCUUUUUGGUUUCUUCCAAAAAAAUGGUCUUUGGGUUCUAUUACAUCAUCAGCCUUGUGUCCAGAGAGGCUCCUGAAGGCCACCAUUGGUCAAGAGUUGUGGGGGUGACCCUAGGUGUGGGAUGGAGCAGGAAAGAGUGGCAAGCAGCUUCUGGCCUCACGAGAACCCUGACUGGUACAGCUGGCCAAGGCCUUACCUGGUCAGGUUGCUCUUGGGUCUUCCUGGAGGCCGUGCUCCACAGGAAAUCUCUUUGGGUACCUCUCCUCCUUAAGACAGCUCACUCAGGGUGUCCUUAGCCCCUUCUAGCAUGUUCAUCCAGGACCCACCUUUGGAAGACUCUUCCUGCCCCUCUCCCUACCAGAUGAGGAAGAGUCAGGGUUAGAGAAGGAAUGGAGAGGGAAGUUUCUUGAGAAGCAAAGGGAUUGAUGGGCAAGGCUUGUGCCUCCCUUCUUAGCCCCCAGCUUUGGAGCCUGUGAGUUGGUUUGUCUCCACACCAACUUCCUAGGCCCCUUCCAGCCAGCCUAGAGGUUGGGACAAUCUAACUACUUCAACUAGAUGUUUCUCCUACAAGAUAGAGGCCUACAACCCCUCUCCACCUGGUAGGGUCUCAAGUAGCCAGGGGGUGGGCUCUCCAGAAGGAUGAUAUUCCUGAAGAUCUUUACCUUUGUACCAUUUUGUAUGCUUCUGUGCUUGAAUUUUCAUGAAGAGUAUGUGUUAAUUUUAUAUUUAGCCUAAACUGGAAACAUAUUUUCAGUUUGCAAAAAUAAAGGCCAUAGUACUAUACUGGUCAUCACUCUCCCUUGUCCCACUUCCUUGCCUCUCCACCCUGGGGCUAAUGUGCCUCUGUCACUUGUUCAGGCCUAGAACCCAGAAAUCACCCUUGAUUUCCCUCUGCGUGAGUCCCUCUCACAAUUUGUCCCAGUGCUCAUCCAUUCCUGCUGGCAUAUAUAUGGAUAUAAACAUUUCUCUCAAUUAUUCUGUUGUCUUCCCAGUUCCCAAUCAUGCAUUUACUGAGGUCCAACCAUGCAUCAGACAUUGAGCUAGUUCCCCAGAGUAGAGGGGCUCCCUCCUCUAUAAACACUAGGAGUGUUUAUAUUCUGACUGCCCAGGCCGCCUCUCCUUUUACCCCCAUCACCUGGCUCUUUAAACCAUGACACUUAAAGGAUUUUGUGAAAAGGGGCACAGUUAAUAAGUACAACAGAAGAGGAAGCCUGCGCAUCUCUGCCCUUAACCCCGAAUAGACCCCCUGCCCCCAGAAUCAAGCCCAGCUCUCCCAGCCCUGCCCUCAGGCAACAGCUGCCAGAGUCCAGUUGAAGAAAACCCCCUGCUCCAUGAGGUUUACAUUUCCACCGCGGGAAAGGGGAAAGAAGAAUAACAAAAUAAUACAAAAUCAAAUAACGAUAGUAAUUACUUUUUUUAAGUGAAUUAUCCGGUAUAUUGGGAGUGUAUAAGUCCCAUGAAAAAUGAAAAGGUAGAGCAGAAAAUGGGGGGGGGUGGGGGCAGGUUGCAGCUUCCUCAAAAUCAAAGUGAAUGGAAACCGCUGGCCCACAGUUACAUCUUUGUAUAGCCACGUGGGGUGGGGAGAUUACAAGUGCCUCUAGAACAGAGUAACUUGGCAACAAAUCUUUAGGAGUCUGCAGUCUAAAACGAAAACUUGGUUUAGUAUUUGUACUAUGUGUAUUGACAGUGUAUUUUUGUUUGUUUGUUUUUGGAGCUAUUCUCUUAAGCUGUCAGAGCAAAUAAAUAAUUAUGGUUAUUUUGAUAGAUAGGAACCUAGAUUUCAGGAUUGGUGAAAGGGAAGGCUAAUUGUAGACACAAAUUUGAGUAGAAGCAAUGUGUUGUUAGAAUUGAUUUGAGCAUAUCAAUAUGAAGUCAUGCCUUCG